GAAUACAUUUAUUGAAUCUUUGUCACUGCAGAUCUUUGCGAUGAUGGAUGCCAAGGCCAGUCAGGACUGCAUCAAGGAGAGAGAUGAAGCAGCUGAAUCACCCCAAUGUGAUCAAAUACCUGGACUCUUUCAUUGAAGACAACGAGCUCAACAUCGUUCUGGAGCUGGAGGAUGCUGGAGAUCUGUCCCAGAUGAUAAAGUACUUCAAGAAGAAGAGGCGCCUCAUCCCAGAGAGAACUAUCUGGAAGUAUUUUGUGCAGCUCUGCAGCGCCCUGGAGCACAUGCACUCACGCAGAGUAAUGCACCGUGAUAUAAAGCCAGCCAACGUGUUCAUCACAGCCACAGGUGAGGUGAAGCUGGGUGACCUGGGAUUAGGACGCUUCUUCAGCUCCAAAACCACGGCGGCACACUCCUUAGUGGGGACUCCUUACUACAUGUCGCCGGAGAGGAUCCACGAGAACGGAUACAAUUUUAAGUCUGAUAUCUGGUCUCUGGGAUGUCUUCUGUAUGAGAUGGCAGCGCUGCAGAGUCCGUUUUAUGGGGACAAGAUGAACCUGCUCUCCCUCUGCCAGAAGAUCGAGAAGUGUGAUUACCCCCCCCUCCCUCCGGACCAUCACUCUGAGAAGCUGAGGGAGCUGGUCAGCAUGUGCAUCAACCCGGAGCCAGACCAGCGGCCGGACAUCGUCUUCGUGCUGCAGAUCGCCAAACAGAUGCACGUUUGGACCUCCAGCACCUGAGCCCCCCCCCCCCCCUCCUUCUUCUCAAUCUGAGGACUGUCUCAUGUGCACAGGAGCACCAUGGCAGCUUCACCCCCUCUCCUCUCCUGUCAUGGAGGAUGUGAAGAGCCCAGUAGUGGUGCAGCACUCGUUCAAAGUGGACUUUUCUGAAAGCAAAGGAGACUUUUCUGCAGCUCAGGAUGAAGAGCUGUCUCAGUCUGAUCAGAUUUCUUCGAGGGUGCAUUCCAUACAGACGGGGACUUUGAGUAUUGAUCGUCUGUCGUUGUAAUCUAUUUUAUAUUGUCAAUUUAAGUACAUUCUGUAGGGGUCAAAUGAGCCAUCGGUAACUGUGUAUUAGCCAUUACUGAGUCACAUUUGUGAUUUGUCUUCACAUUUGUCGUUUACAUGCAGUGUGUAUUAGCCCAGUGUGACUGCUUCCUUAUUAUAUCACUUCUCUGGGCCUGGUCUUGUUCAAAUAUAUUUUAUUUAUUUUCAUGAAAACCUUCAGGAUUUAUUUUCAUAGAUCUGAGAUUUAAGUAAGAAUUGUGAUUUAUUACUCAAAAGAAAAAAUCAGUAUUGGGACUGAUCAAAUCUUUGUUCAGCCAGCGAUACCUGUCACGGGGCUUGGUGUGUUUAUUUGGUUGGGGCUCGAUGUCCACAUAAUCACUGACUGGGCGGCCAUUGGGUUCAGAUAAGAGAUAAGAUAGAACUUUAUUGAUCUCAAUUUGGGACAUUGUUGUGUUGCAGCAGCAUAAAAGACAUGGCAUACAAUACAAAUGAAAAAAGACUAGAAAUAAACAAGAAAGUAGAAAAUAUACAUGUUGAAUUUACAAAUGAACAAUAACAAAAGCCAAAUAUAAAGCAAGUUAUUAUAUAUACAUAAGUAUGUGAGGGAUGGAUUGUUGUUGCUUUUCUUUGUCCACAGGCAUCUUCAUCUGCCUCUUCUUCACUCAUAGCAGUGUCCUCUGAUUCCAUCUCAAAUCACUUUCUCCUUUUUGGAUCACAUCCUGCACACUGAAUCCAGGACCUCUCUUUGCUGCUGGCAUUCUGAAAUGGAAAAAGUCAUUAAUAAAUAUGUAUCAAUAAUA